GUGCUAUCGAAAAACGAGGAAGCACGGUAUCAGCUUCCAGAUGGCCGGCCACAUUUCGUUUUCAUGCCUCAUUGUGCAGUCGCUCUUUUGAAUAACUUUUUAUUUGCGAAUUGGUACCCUGAUCGACUGGCUGGCAUUGUGUUUUACGUCAACAGUUGGCCACACCUCCGUGCCCAACUUGACCUUGAACCGAGUGGAUAUGUGGCUACACAGUUAGCCUAUCUCACUGCCCUCCUCCCGGCACUCGUCUGCUUUCCAUCGCCAUCGACCUGGUGUCCAGCUAAUUGUGCUGAUUUAUCAACAAACUCAUUUGCGUUCAAACCGCAUUCAGAAAUACAAGACUAUGGUAUGUAG